AUGGCUCCUGGGCUUCUUUGCACCCUCCUUGCACUUGUGCUAUGGGACGCUCACUAUGAGUUUGCUUCUGCUGCACCUGUCGUGUCGGGUUCGGCCUACGGUUUUGCCACAGGGACGACAGGAGGUGGCGAUGCGAAACCCGUCUACCCGAAAACCACCAAGGAAUUGGAAACUUACCUUGGCGACGCCGAGCCGCGGGUUAUCGUGCUCAACAAGGAAUUCACGUUCUUAAAAAUCGAGGGGUCGACUACGGAGCAAGGCUGUCGUCCGCCGAGUAAAGACCAGUGCCUCGCCAAGAAGAACGGUUUUGAAGCGCAAGAUUUUAUUCGUGUUAACGUCGUCUCACCCUCGAAGGAGAAAGGUGGUUGCGGUGCCGACGAGACUCCGACUCAGGUGAACUACGACAAAGCAGCCAUGACGCUGAUGGAGAUAGCGAGUGACAAGACACUGGUCGGCGAGGGUCUGAAAGGAGUGUUGAAUGGCAAAGGUAUCCACAUCGUCGGUAGCAAUGUGAUUGUGCAGAACAUCCACAUCACAAACUUGAACCCUCAUCUAGUGUGGGGUGGGGAUGCCAUCACCAUCCGGGCUAAGAGCGGCGACGCGCCAAAGGGUGUCUGGAUCGACCAUGUCAAAGUAUCCAAUGUCGGACGACAAAUGUUAGUCAUCAAUUUUUCUGGCGCGACGGGUCUCACAAUCAGCAAUUCAGACUUUGACGGCCGCACGAAGUUCUCAGCUUCUUGUGAUGGUCACCACUACUGGGGUUUCUUGCUACUAGGCAAAAGGACUGAGUUGAGCCUGCUUGGGAACUACAUCAAUCACAAUUCAGGUCGGUCGCCUAAGGUUGGAGGCCACGAUGGCGAAACGACUGUUCUUCACGCCGCCAACAACUUCUUCAACUCGAACUCUGGCCACGCGUUUGACGUGGUAAACGGAGGAUACGUUCUGGCUGAAGGCAACUACUUUUCUAAGGUCAAGAUACCAGCUCAAGAAGCGUCUAAACACCUGUUUGUGCCGACUGCAGCUAACGACUGCAAGUCAGUCAUCGGUCGUGCCUGCUCAAUGAACGUUCUCAAGGAUUCCGGACCUCUAAAGGGAUGUUCAGGAGGUGAGGUAAGCUCUCAGUUUGCUAGUCUUAAGAAGUACAUCACUAGUUACGAGGCAGGCCCUGCUACUUCGUUCAAGGAGGCUAGCGGGAACUUUGGUGUCGGUGAACUGGGAGACGCAGUUGCUCAAGCGGGUGCCCUGAAAAAGAGUGGUGUCGCCGUAUCUAGCUCAGAUGCGUCUGCGGGUGGAGAAGAUGUGGAAAACAGCGUGACGCAAGACGACAUCUUCACAGGCUCUUCGUCAUCCGACAAGUCUGCAUCGCAUAAUCCUUCGGCAGGUGGUCCCAGCACACCCGGUUCGGAUGCAUCGAAGUCUAUGGACACUACCGAGGCGCUAGUCUCCGAGGACAAGGCUGGUUCUCAAUCGGGUUCGAAAGCCACUGAGUUUUCUCCAGGAAUUGUGGCACCGGAUCAUCAAUCUCCAGCGGACGCCAAGAAGCCUGUCAAUGGACAGGACGAGCACCACGGCAAUUCUCAGUCGAAGGAUGAAUCGCACGAAGACAAAUCCAAGUCGAAGAACACUGAAAAAGGUGAAGCCGAUCUCCCUAGCUCAGACGCGUCUGCGGGUGGAGAAGAUAUGGAGAACAGCGUGACGCAAGACGACGUCUUGACAAGCUCUUCGUCAUCCGGCAAGUCUACGUCACAUAACCCUUCGGCAGGUGAUCCCAGCACACCCAAUUCGGAUGCAUCGAAGUCUGUGGACAGUAACGAGGCGCCAGUCUCCGAGGAAAAGACAAGUGAACAGGCGGACAAAAAUGCCGACGACGGCUCCGAGGAAAGCGGCAAGGAGAACAGCGAUGGCUCCAGCCAUCUGCGCAAAAACGAAGGUGAUGCUGGUGCUUGGCAGCCGUACAAGGAAGCCGAUGACGAUCCAAAGAAGAGUGGCGAGGAAGGUGGUGGCGGCUCUAUCAACAUGCAAGAAAGCGGAGGUAAUUCUAACGGUUGCAGACGUACACAAAUGGCAAUUCCUACUGGCAGGGAAGCGUCAAGGAAGGGGGGUUAUUCUGCUCGGCAGGCCAACUCCGUCGCCGAUUCGUAUUGGAAGGCGUUUGGCAACGACGGCGGCGCUACUUCUAGCACCUAG